CGAUAAGUGGUCUAAGUAGGCACAUCUCUACCUUCACUUUCGGAGAUUAAUCCAGAAAAAAACAAAACCACUUUGUUUAUUUAGAUCAGUCCUACGCACUUCAGAGCGGUAUCUGAUUUAGCAAGUCCCAAAAUCCCAACAGAACAAGGAACGCCCACCUGCGAGAAUGUCCUGGCAAAGUGUCCCCCAGUACCCCCAGUACCAAGACCCCAAUCAGCAGUACAACUAUGGAGGAGGUUAUCCUCCCCAAGGCGGCUAUGGAGGCUAUCCGCCACAGGGCCCGCCCCAAGGGUAUCCGCCAUACGCCCAGGGAGGCGCACAACCGUAUCCACAGGGCCCCUACGGACAGCCCUACGGCCAGGGGCCACCGCCGGGCGGGUAUGCCCCUCAGCCGGGAUUCAUUCAGCCACCUCCCCAAGCGGGUGGCUAUGGAGCUUACGAUGAUCCCGAGAGUCAGCCCAAGAAUUUCUCUUUUGACGACCAGAGCAUCCGACGCGGAUUCAUCCGUAAAGUGUAUCUUAUUUUGAUGGGUCAACUUCUGAUUACUUUUGGAGCCGUUGCCUUGUUCGUUUUCCACGAUGGCACCAAGCAGUUUGCUAGGAACAACAUGUGGCUCUUCUGGGUAUCCCUGGGAGUUCUGUUCGUGACCAUGAUCUGCAUGGCCUGCUGCGAGAGUGUGCGCCGCAAUUUCCCAACCAACUUCAUAUUCCUGGGUCUGUUCACGGCUGCACAAUCGUUCUUGAUGGGAGUCUCAGCCUCUCGCUACGCUCCUCAGGAGGUACUCUUGGCUGUGGGCAUAACGGCUGCGGUUUGCUUGGCCCUUACCCUUUUCGCCUGGCAGACCAAGUACGAUUUCACCAUGAUGGGAGGCAUUCUAGUCGCCUGCAUGGUCGUGUUCCUCAUCUUUGGCAUCGUCGCCAUUUUCAUCAAGGGAAAGAUUAUAACACUCGUGUAUGCUUCGAUCGGAGCUCUGCUCUUCUCGGUGUACCUUAUCUACGACACCCAGCUGAUGAUGGGCGGGGAGCACAAGUAUUCGAUCAGCCCCGAGGAGUACAUCUUCGCGGCCCUCAACCUCUACCUGGACAUUAUCAAUAUCUUCAUGUACAUUCUGACUAUAAUUGGGGCGUCGCGCGACUAAGCACCGCAGCUCUAUUUCCAAAUAUUGUUUACAGUUUACAACCGGGAUUAGCUUUAGCCGGAAUAUGAAUACGAAUGUUGUUAUGCGUAAUCUCAUCAUCGGUAUAUACACCUUCCUUCCCAGUGAAGGGUACUCUCCAAACUAACGAGUCACUCAAAUACCUAUGAUCUAUCUAUUUCGCGUUGUGUUUGCCUAUUUCCGGUUUCCUUCUAGUUCUAAAUGUCAGUUAAGGUCUAAGGAACUUACUUGCUUUUCGUUAUAUAUUUGUGCUUAAGUUGAUGUCUGAAUAUUAAGGAUAUUUUCUAAAUUCUAAAGAAAAAAGAAUAAAUAUGUAAUACGUUUACCAAAUGAUAUGCCAUUCAAAAAUACACAAAAUCAACAAUAAUAAUAAUAUAUUAAAUCGAUAUUUAUGUGAGAAUAUAUGUGCAACCUGGCUUGCCGUUGUUAAAAACAAAAUAGUAACACAGUUUAUGGAAUUCCCGAUUUACGAAUGAAAUACCGAACAUUGUAACGCGUGCAGCGACACUGAGUUUAAAGUCAACAAUAAAGUGCAUCUAUUUAUUAAAGCCA